GCUGGCUUCAGUUUGAUGACAUCAUGCUCCCAGGCGGCACAUGAAUGUUUACACACGGCUCAUGUUUUAUAUUUUGGGUCCACUGAGCUGACGUCAGUUUUAUUACAUCGCUCUGGUUUGUAAGUGUUUCCAUCCUGAAAUGUUUUGGACUCUUGGUGACGAGUCUGCUCAUCUCUCACAGACGUGCAUGGACAAACAUCAGGUGGUCGGGGUUCUCCGACAGAUGGAGAAGUUUCUGAAAGGCCAGGAGAUGAGGUUCACUGAGGGGCUGAGGAUCAUGAAGUCCAAGCUGGCAACGCUUCAGAACUCUGUGUCCAAGUUACCUCAGGCAGACCAAUCAGCAGCUCCCACCGCCUGCCCUCCUCUGGAAGCCCCCGCUCAUGGAACCAAGUUUGGCUCAAAGUACUUUGUUGGACACGAGGUCCACUUCACUUGCUCCCAAGGUUUCCAUCUGGUGGGAUCUGCCACACGUGUUUGUCGGGAGAACGGCACCUGGACGGGCGUCAGUGCCGUAUGUAAAGAUAUCAGUGAGUGUGCCAGUAAUCCCUGUCAGAAUGGAGGAACCUGUGUGGAAGGUGUCAACCAGUACAAAUGUACCUGUCCCCAGAACUGGAGCGGCUCUCUCUGCCAGCACCAAACCCAGACAGCACCGCCUGAGUGGAGUGUCAUGAAUGAUCCAGCAUUCAGCCGGAGACCCCGCUGCGCCCAGGUGAACCGGGCCCAACACUGCAGCUGUGAUGCCGGCUUCCACAUGAGUGGAACCUCUGACAACAGUCUCUGUCAGGAUGUAAACGAGUGUGAAGUUUACCGCCUGGACCAAGGAGGAAAGCUGUGUGUCCACGAGUGUGUCAACGUCCCCGGCUCGUACCACUGCUCCUGUCCCAGCGGCUUCAAGCUGCUCCCAGACGGGCGGAGCUGUGAAGAUGUGGACGAGUGCUUGAGCCAGCAGCACAACUGCAGCCGAGGAACAACUUGUAUCAACACGGGCGGAGGCUUCCAGUGUGUCCACCCGGAGUGUCCCCGCUCUCACGGCAACAUCAGCUACGUCAAGACCUCUCCUUUUCAGUGUGAGAGGAACCCCUGCCCCAUGGAGAGCCGGUCCUGCCACCUCGCCCCCAAGACCGUGUCCUUCCACUACCUGUCCCUGACCUCCAACCUGCAGACUCCGGCUACGCUCUUCCGUAUGGCGACCGCUGCCGCCCCGGGGCGCACCGGACCGGACAGCCUCCGCUUCGGCAUAGUGGGGGGGAACUCUCGAGGCAUGUUUGUGAUGCAGCGCUCGGACAGACAGACCGGGGAGCUGAUCCUGGUGCAGCAGCUACGUGGGCCGCAGGAAAUCCACGUGGAUGUGGACAUGUCUGAGUACAGCGACAGAACCUUCCAGGCCAAACACGUGGCCAAGGUCCACAUACUGGUCUCACCUUAUAACUUCUAACUCCAGGCUCACCCAGGAGGAGAGGAACUAGA